ACUCGGAACGCAGUUAACGCCAAUUAUUUGAUUUUCUCAAGUUGGCUAAGCUGAUUGCAUAAUCAAAACAUGGCUGCAUCCUUGAUCAAGAUAUGUACGGAGUUCAGUUUACUGAGGCAGUCAUUCUAUGAAAUUGUCAGAAGUGAUAAUAUCAGAAAUUAUACAAUUCUGCACAAUUUAUGUAUCACAUAUACAUUAUGUCAGCAUUAUCACACAACGCCACAAUGCUUCAAGAAAAGAAAAGAAAAGUUCACAGGGUUCAAGAUAAAAUCAGCAAAAAAAGACAUGUCUGUUGUGGAUAUAUGGAACAGAAUGACAGUAUCGGAGCUAGCAGCAUCUGCAAAAAGAGAUAUAGAUGAUAUAAUCGAAGCGCUUUCUUUCUCUGAUUCAAGUGGAAAAUACAAUGAAAAUACUGUUAUUGAGAACCCAAAUAUAGUAUACGACGUGAUGCGAAAACUCGGUGCAAAGUUUAGACUAGUUUCCCGACCAGAGAGCAGAGAAAAGGAAACGAAAGAUCACGAUGUCGUCAAGCGGCCUUUAUCAGACGAAUCCGUUUUGAUUAAACGUCAUCCGGUAGUGACAAUUAUGGGCCACGUCGAUCACGGCAAAACUACCUUGUUGGACACAUUGCGCAACACAUCCGUUGUAAAAACGGAAUUCGGUGGCAUUACACAACACAUCGGUGCCUUCAAUGUGACGUUAAAAACAGGAGAAACAGUCACGUUUCUCGAUACUCCCGGCCACGCUGCAUUCAACGUUAUGCGAAUGAGGGGCGCGCAAGUGACUGACAUCGUGGUACUAGUGGUAGCAGCUGACGACGGCGUGAUGGAACAAACUGUGGAGAGCAUAAAUAUGGCAAAGGCUGCGAAUGUUCCGAUAAUCGUGGCGAUCAAUAAAAUCGAUAAACCUGAAGCUGACAUUGAGAGAACGCAGAACAUGCUUGCGCAACAAGGAAUUUUGGUAGAAUCGUUGGGCGGCGAUAUUCAGUGCGUUAAUAUAUCGGCGUUGAAUGGAACUAACGUAAAUCUUCUGACGGAAACCAUAGCAUUACAAGCUGAACUCAUGGGUUUGAAGGGCGAUCCAAUGGGAUUGGUCGAAGCUGUUGUGAUUGAAUGCUACAUCGAUCGUUAUCGCGGCAAAUUAGCGACAGCUUUAAUCCAACGCGGUACUCUGAGGAAAGGAGCGUUUCUUGUGAGUGGGUUGACGUGGGCCAAAGUAAGAGCCAUGUUUGAUCAUUCCGGAAAGCCGGUCACAGAAGCGAAAUUGUCCGAGGCAGUACAGAUCAUCGGCUGGAAGGAUUUGCCCAAUGCUGGGGACGAAAUACUCGAAGUCGAUAGUGAGAAAAAAGCACGCAUGGUGAUGCGAUACAGAGAAACGGAGAAAGCAAAGAAGCUAGCGCAGGAGCAUAAAAUUGCGGCGGAUAAAAAACAUGAAGAACAUCUAAAAGAAUACAAGACACUGCGAGAGAAGAGAAUGGCAAUUGGCAGAUACGCAAAAUUGGUGCUUCCUAUUAAAAACGAGAGACCCGACAACGGAAAGCCUAGACUCAACGUCAUCGUGAAGGGCGACGUCGCUGGCUCCGUAGAAGCUAUACUUGACGUUUUCGAUACGUACGGAAGCGACGAUAAGUGCCAAUUGAGCGUCGUUCAUUACGGCGUCGGACCCGUCACAGAGACGGAUCUGGAAAUGGCGGAGGUGUUCGAUGCCAUUAUAUAUUCUUUUAACGUGAACAUCACGAAGGACUUGGAAAAAGAAGCGAGUAAAAAUGAGAUAUCGAUUCGCCCAUACAACGUGAUAUAUAAGCUCGUAGACGAUGUCAAAAAGGAACUAAACAACAGGCUGCCUCACAUCGAAGCUGAAGAGGUGAUAGGCGAAGCAAAUGUGCUGCAGGAAUUCGAGAUCACUGAAAAGAAAAAGAAACUUAAGGUCGCGGGUUGCCGAUGUACCAAAGGUAUUCUCAAGAAAGACGCGAUGUACCGCAUGAUACGCGGACAAGAAACCAUCUAUGUCGGGAAAUUGUCUUCUAUGAGACAUAUGAAGUCCGAAACAGAAUCAAUAAAAACAAAUGUAGAGUGCGGUUUGAGGUUCGAGAAUCCUAACGUGUCCUUCAAACCCGGAGACAUUUUGAUUUGUUAUCAGAUGUACAAAAAGCCGCAAGAAACCGAUUGGGAUCCUGGAUUCUAACGUAUUGUAUAGUUUCGCUCAGUGAAAAAAGUCUUUGUGAACGCAGAUCGUGAAGACAAGAUGGUAAUUAAGUUAGGCCGUUGAAAUUCAAACUAAAAAUGGUCGGUAAUGAACUUGUAUCGAGUUGAUACAUUAAAACUGGAAUGAAUCAUCAUGAAUUAUGUGCAAUUAUUUUUCGACAUUUGAUCUUUUUUUAUAUGUAACACGUAUAUCUACAGGCGAUGUAUAGUGCGAUUUGUCAAAA